CGUUCCGAGGCGACUCAACACGGCCGCUUUCACAUUUCUCUCUCUCUUUCUCUUUCUAUCCCCCGCCUCCCUCCGUCCCUGCUUCUCUCCCUCCUCUUCCUACCUGACUCAGAGCCGCUCCGACGCUAUGCGUAUGACCGCGUCUCUCUCUGCAACGCGAGCACCACCGGAGAGAGCCGCACGCUCCUGCUGACCGCGAGCCGCGAGCACUACACGAACGCCGGCUGACGAGGCACCCUGGCCGGCAACGGGAGCAGGGGAGACACCGCCGCUCCAGUGUUGUCUGAAGAGUUGGACCUGGAUAGAGCUCUGCUAAAGGACAACGUGAAGCCUGCUGUCCUAAGUUUUCACCUCACCUCACCAAGCUCCCUUUUCCCCACUCCCUCUUUCUCCUAUUUUAUCUAGAACUUCUCACAGCUGUCUACUUCUUCCUUUCCUCUUACCUGUUCUCCUUCUACAAACUGGCCAUGGCAUCCAAACUGAAUCCCAAUAUCCUGUAUGUGGCGGGGCCCGGAGAGUCCUUGGGAUCACCACAAGCUGAUUCUGAAAGGACUCAUAUUACCGGAGAAGCCGGAGAAGAGUCAUCAGACAGCGAGGGAGAGCAAGAGGAGACGUCACACAAGUUGAUUCGCAAAGUAUCAACCUCCGGACAGAUAAGGGCCAAGAAAAGUGUGAAGGAGGGAAUCCUGCUAAAACAGACCAGCUCCUUCCAAAGAUGGAAGAGGAGGUACUUCAAACUCAGAGGGAGGACUCUCUACUACGCCAAAGACUGCAAGUCUCUGAUUUUUGAUGAAGUGGACCUAUCAGAUGCCAGCGUGGCUGAGACGAGCACCAAGAAUAUCAACAACAGCUUCACAGUGAUCACCCCAUUUCGUAAAUUAAUGCUGUGUGCUGAAAGCAGGAAGGAAAUGGAGGACUGGAUCACAGCCCUUAAAUCCGUUCAAAAAUGGGAAACCUAUGAAGCCAGUCAGUUUAACAUGGAGCAUUUCUCUGGGAUGCACAACUGGUACGCCUGCUCGCAUGCCAGACCGACCUUCUGCAACGUCUGCAGGGAAGCCCUGCCAGGAGUCACCUCCCACGGCCUGUCCUGUGAAGUUUGCAAGUUCAAGGCUCAUAAGCGCUGUGCUGUUCGCUCUACCAAUAACUGCAAGUGGACCACGCUGGCUUCUAUAGGAAAUGAGAUUAUUGAGGAUGAGGACGGGGUGUCCAUGCCACACCAGUGGCUGGAAGGCAACCUGCCAGUUAGUGCCAAGUGCGUGGUGUGUGACAAGAACUGUGGGAGUGUGCGGCGGCUGCAGGACUGGCGCUGUCUCUGGUGCAAGGCCAUCGUGCAUAACAGCUGUAAAGAACAAAUGGGGAAGGUGUGUCCCCUGGGUCAAUGUCGAGUCUCAAUCAUCCCACCCACUGCACUUAACAGCAUCGACUCAGAUGGUUUCUGGAAGGCCACUUCUGGAUCAUGUGCUAGCCCUCUCCUAGUCCUUGUGAACUCCAAGAGCGGGGACAACCAGGGGGUCAAAUUCCUCCGCAAGUUCAAGCAGCUUCUGAACCCAGCUCAAGUCUUUGACCUGAUGAAUGGAGGACCAGAGCUUGGGCUGCGGCUCUUCCAGAAGUUUGUAACGUUUCGUAUUCUGGUGUGCGGGGGAGACGGCAGCGUAGGCUGGGUGCUCUCGGAGCUUGACAAGCUUAACCUUCAUAAACAGUGUCAGCUCGGAGUUCUGCCCCUGGGAACAGGAAACGACCUGGCUCGUGUUUUGGGCUGGGGAGGCCUAUGUGACGAUGACGCUCAGCUGCUGCAGAUCCUGGAGAAGCUGGAGAGAGCCACCACCAAAAUGCUGGACCGAUGGAGCGUGAUGACAUACGAGCUGCCCCCCACCAAUAAACAAAUGCCGACAGUGAAGGAAGACUACAGCCACGACUCUCCUCUGCAGGUCCACAUCACUCAGUAUGCAGACUCUGUGGCCUGCCACCUGGCCAAGAUCCUGGACUCGGACAAGCACAGCGACGUCAUCUCCUCUGCCAAGUUUCUGUGUGGGACGGUGAACGAUUUUGUUGCAGAGGUGGGGAAGGCGUACGAGAGAGCCACAGAGAACAAGGAGGAGGCAGAUGCCAUGGCAAAGAAGUGUGCACUGCUGAAUGACAAACUGGAUUCGCUGGUAAAGGCCUUAAGCGAGGAAGCAGAAGCUCAGGUGGUGCCGGCAGGUUCAGCACCAAGCCAGGAGAGCGGUAGCUCAAGCCCUGGUGAAAGUGGUGGAGAGUCGGGUUCAGAAGGCAAAACAUAUCGUUCCAAAGAGCAGCUGAUGCUGAGAGCCAACAGCCUGAAGAAAGCCCUGAGGCAAAUCAUCGAGCAGGCUGAGAAAGUGGUGGAUGAGCAGAACAGACACACGCAGGUCCAGAGGAUGCCAUCUUCAUCCUCCAUCAAGAGGGAGAACAGUGAGGAGCUGAAGGAUGCUGAGCCACGAGGUCUGAGUCCCACCUCACCCAUUGUCCUGGAGAAACCAGAAAGCCCCACCCCUGUCACCUUCAGCGAAGACUCUGUCCUAUGCACUGAGAAGUGUGUGAUGAAUAACUACUUUGGCAUCGGACUGGACGCCAAAAUUUCUCUCGAGUUCAACAACAAGAGAGACGAGCAUCCCAAAAAAUGCAGUAGUCGCACAAAAAACAUGAUGUGGUACGGAGUCCUUGGGACCAAAGAGCUGGUCCAGAAGACUUACAAAAACCUGGAGCAGAGAGUCCAGUUGGAGUGUGACGGCGUUCCCAUCUCCCUGCCGAGUCUACAGGGUCUGGCAGUUCUCAACAUUCCCAGCUACGCAGGAGGAAUCAACUUCUGGGGAGGCACCAAAGAGGACAAUAACUUUGGAGCUCCAUCAUUCGAUGAUAAGAAGCUGGAGGUGGUGGCAGUGUUUGGGAGCAUGCAGAUGGCUGUGUCCAGAGUCAUCAACCUGCAGCACCACCGCAUUGCUCAGUGCCGGCAGGUAAAGAUCACCAUCCUGGGGGAUGAGGGAGUUCCUGUGCAGGUGGACGGAGAAGCCUGGAUCCAGCCGCCUGGCAUCGUCAAGAUUGUGCACAGAAACCGUGCUCAGAUGCUCACUAGAGACAGGGCGUUUGAGAGCACGCUCAAGUCGUGGGAGGACAAGAGGAAGAUUGACAGCUACCGUGACGCCAGGCCCCGCCUCAACUCCCAGCAGUCCAUGGAGUACCUCACGGAGGAGGAAUGCGCUCAGGUGCAGCAGCUGGGCAUCGUGGCCGAUACCCUCAUAAAUAAGAUCCAAGAGGCAGCUAAGACCCACAAGCUGGUGGAGCAGGAGCUGGCUCAUGCUGUGAACGCCACAGCCCUGGUUCUCACCGAGGCCAAAGUGUCGAGCAACGAGUGUCUGAGUCGCAGCACGGCAGUGGAAAUUGUCAAUAGCAGUAAAGUCCUCCAGGCCGAGACCAGGAUGCUGCUCAAUGGAAAACUAUUGUCGGAUUUUCCAGAGGAAGAAGAACUCCGUUUGACUCUGAACAAUCUCAGUGCUGAGCUCCACAAGCUGGAUGACAUCCAUUGGAUCUGUCCGCUCAUGCAGUGCUCCGAGGAGGACUCGGUGAGGAGCAACAGUAAAAGCAGCAGCAGUAUGAAGCUGAAGAUUAUACCCAAAACAAAGAAGGAGAAAGAGAAGCUCCACAAACAGAAGUCCAACAGUUCGCUCUCAGGAACAUGGGAUAUUAAAGGUGGGGCAACUGAGGCAGAUUCCUCAGGCAACUGAAACUGCUCUGUUACCCUUUAUGACAGGAGAGGGCAUGACCUCGUCCCAUCCUCCUCUCUAAUCAUGAUGCCCUGUGGCUUCCCAGAGGUGUCACAAACCUUUCCUACGUUUAAGCAUUUUGCUCUGUUUUACUUCUUUGUCAUUUGUAUUUUUUUUGCAGACCAGUAUGUUUUGUUUUCAGUUGUGUUUUUUAAAAAAGGGUUGUCUUUGCGUGGCAUUGCUUUAAUGCUACUAUUCUGCUUUUAUUUCUGUGAGUGCAGCCAGUAGAAAGUCAAAGAGGAAAACCAUGCUGGUUGUGGAAAAACAAGGACAUGCAUUUACAUGGUGCUCACCUUGCAUGUCGGGUAUAAACCUUAGUUUUUAUUGUAAGUUGUUACAAUCUGAAUUUUUUUUCUUUCUCUUAAUAUGUUGAACUUCUGAAUAGCCUUUGGACUGCAUAUUUAUUUGUUGUUGCUACUGCCAUGAGAACUCCAACGGCAACAAAAUGAACAAACUGAGAUGUCUCAGCUUUAUUGUCUACUGAACUGGAAAAUAUCUUUAAUGUUGCAAAAAAUAUACUGAGGAAUGUACUUGUGUGAACUUUUAAUAACCUGUGAAUUGCGAUGCUUUUCAUUUUGAUUUCACAGCGGUUCUAUUGUUGUUGUUCUAAAGUGGUUCUUCAGUGGACUUGUGUGGUCCUAGGCUUUUGCAGUUACACUGCAAAAAUAACCUUUACCGUGAGUCAUUUGAUCGAGAGCGCAGCCAUGUGAAGCGGUCCGACUGCGGGAUUUAAAAGUACAUCAUUCAGUUUCAUCAUGUGACUUAUGUGGGAGUGAAAUCUCACCCUGCUGUGUGUGUUUUACACUUGAAUUCAGAACCGUGUUGAGGAAUAGUACCAGAUGAAAUGACUCAGUAAGACUAUCAUCUUUGCCAUUAUCUGGUGAAGGUGUUUACAGAAGGAGGAAGCAUCAAGGACACUUUGAUUAAACAAUGCAGCUUCUUAAUGUGUUGCUCUUACUUUCUCAUACUACGAUUGUAUAUGAAAUAUAGGAAUAAGGACUAAUAUCUAUUUGAGUUUGCCUUGUCUGUGGUUUAAAAAUAUUAUUAUUAUUACAGAUAUAUAUCUAUUUUGGUAAUCUGUGAAGCUGUCCUGGCUUUGCUGCUUCCCCCUUUGAGAAGCUCCUGGGCAAUCAUACAUAUAGAUGCUGUUCUGUAUCCCUGCAUGCAUGCCAAGCCUUUCUUUGCCUCACAAUGGAAAUUGCCUCAAAGUAGUGGAUUUUAGCUUCUUUGUUGGGUCCAGCAACAUUGGUGAACACCAUACUGGUUCUACAUCGCCUACAGAAAUUGUGUGAAAAAUAUCAUGUAUUGAACACCAUGUUAGUCCAAGCAGAAUAUUACAUUUUUAAGCAUUAUUUGUGCUUGUAUUGACCAGAGCAUGGUUACUAUUUGGCUAAGAUGACUAAAUCUAGAGCCAUAGACUCUUGAGUAAAAACACCACAGUUUCACAGUAUCAAAGUAUUGACAUUAUAAUUUAAAACAAUAGUAUAUAACAUGAUCUAAUUGCUUUUUUAAAAACAGAAAGCUAUUGCUACUAAAUUAAUAUACCAUAUUGAUUAUUACACUUAUAAUAUUAAUGUCAAUGACGUUUUCUCAUUUGAUUUUGAAAUGUUGACUUUAACUAAAAUAUAAAGAUUUCCUAAAUUUACUUGGAAGUUUUUAAGUCCUUGUUGGACUAAAAAUUAUAUUGUUCUUCUAUUCCUCUAAUCACGAGCAUAAGAAGUUAAUGUUAUUUGAAUAGUCGGGCUAUUUGCUAGGGUCUUUAACCUGCAUCUGGCUGCUUAACAGACACGCCACCAAUAGCUUACCUGUUGUAGUUUUCAAACGACAUACCCUUGACAUGAUUGAUGGGUGGUAUGCUAUAGUUUCCCCUCCAUGGCUGUACAUGUUUUUGCAACAGGAAAUACUUCUUGGAAGCGAAAGAAAAAUAAAACACUGGCAGUGAACAGCAACAUGCGGAGGUGAGGCAGCUCUACGUCAAGGCCUUAACAUACAUGACAGUGUUCCUGUAUGCGAGUUGAUUGGAUGUUGCCAACACAGAUGUGCUCAUAUUAUUUGACGCUGAUUUUCUCAGAGUGCUAGCGGGCCCUAGUGCGCAAGUACAGAUGACAAAGGUCAUGUUAUAUAGGCUUUGAUGUUGAGCAUAAAGUAGAACAGACUAGGCGGCAUGUAUUAGGUCUUAGACCAGACUCCAUAGUCACAAAUAUCUCCAGUUAUUUCAUUAAAAUGGACUUGAAACCGAUAUGAUGGAGAACUUCUGUGGUUUUAAAACCAUGACUUUUAAAACCUUAGUAAACCUUGGUUCCGGCAACCGGACCAUGCCUAACAUCUUGUAAAAUAAACAGAAAUGCACUCAAAUGUUUUUUUUUUAUUUUUGUUUUUAAUGUUUUGUUGAAAUGUGAAUGAAAACCAGGGCAAAAAGUUAUUAUUUUGCAAACUUUGGUUGCAGUUAAACGUGAUGAAAAUGUCCACAAACAGAGGGGUAAAAUUAUUGUGAAGUUAAACAAACAACUUACCAAAACAAAAUGCAUAUAUACUUGUUUAAAGGAGUAAACAAAGUAAACAUAAACAUUUUAGCUGUCAUGAUGUACUGAGAAAUUUAAAGGCUAAAUAUAAUUCUCUAAUAUAAAAACCCAAAUAACAGCAUUCAAUUAUAAACUAGCUGAAAAAUUAGCAAGGCACCACACAAUAUUUUGUAGUUAAGUUUAGACUGAUUUUUUGUGUUUUAAAAAAUCACAUUCAUUGCUAUUAGCUAUUAUGCUAAUAACAUUUCCUACUAAUGGAAAAAGAAUGCGACUAUGAUUUUGGUUAUAUCUUCAGAUUUAUCAGGAUAAACCCCUGAUGGGAUGUAGUCACUGUGAGGCGCUAUAGAUGUUCAGCUGUCGUAGGAUUGUGCUACUGUAUCCAUAGUGUGCCAGCUACACGCUCAAAACCUUAGAGGCUUUAGUGGUUGUUGUGCCAAGUCUGUACGUUGGGUUUAAGAUUUAGAGAAGUGUGUGCGUGUGUGUGUGUGUGUGUGUGUGCAAGCUUUAGACGCGCUUCAGAUGCGAAAGUUGUUGCGUGUCGUACAUUUCAAAGUUUACUGUAUCUUGCCUUGCACUUUACAAUGAAGCAAACUUAAUAGGAAAAAAAGAACAUUUGCAUAUGUGCGUGUGUGUGUUGGGAUUUUGAGUGUUUACGUGCAUUUUUGUAAAUUGAUUUGAUGAAAAGAUAUUUUAUUUAUGAUAUUGUAUAUGGAUAAAAAUGUGCUGGUAAAAUGUAAUAUCUAACCAAUCAUAAAACGUAUAUAAAUACAGAUGUAAAAACAAAGGUUUAUUACAUUGGUGGUUUUCAACAUACAUGUGAUGAUGUCCUUGAACCUAUCGCAGUGUAAAAGAUGUGUAAAACUGUAAUUAUUCUGAAAAUCUUAAGUCAACAUAUUGAAACUGUCCAGUGUUAUUUAUGGAUUACAAAUGACUCGUUUACACACCCGCGGUGUUCAGCCGGUGUCGAGCCAAUCUUUGAGUGCUUUUUCUGUCACUUUCUGUUCGAUUAUAAUAUGCUGUACUAAAGAUGACAAAGAUGUUGAGAUAUGUAAGCCAUUUUUUAACGAUCAUUUAAUUGACUGUCUUUUAGAUUUCUUUCUUGAAAGAAUAUUUGUCCUUUUUUUUUUUUUUCUAUAUUUUGUGUAAUUAGUUUUUUUGAAAUGCAAAAUAGUUUUGGACCGAAACUCUUCCAAGCGCUUACCCGGAGCUGGAGUUGCGCCAAAAAUGCCAGCGGAGGAAUUUAAAGAUUCGAUAUGUUUUGCAAUGUUUGUGCAACAGGAUUGGACAGCCGACAUUGAACAGAGACUGUGCACAGCGCGCGAAGCCAGACUCGAUGUUGCACGACCUUGUACAUUGCGAGGUGUUUUUCCAUGUUCUUAUGUGCAGUGUAUAACAAGGCAAAGUCAGUGCAACCCUCUGGAGAUUAAAUGAAUUAUUGAAGUGUGAA